AUCUCAUCACGAUGUCCCUUCCUACGAAGACACGCGCGUGGUCUAUCCGCGAAAUCCGCAAGGACAGCUUUGACGGGAUUGUUCUCCAAGAAGACGUUCCUCUCCCCAAGCUCGGCGAGAGAGAUGUUUUGGUCCAGAUUGAGGCCGUCUCCCUCAACUACAGAGACCUGGCUAUUCCCAGAGGACUUUACCCAUUCGUCAUCGACCUACCUGUUGUCCCUGGCUCCGACAGUGCCGGCACUGUCCUUGCCACUGGCCCCAAGGUCACCAGGGUGUCUAAGGGUGACCGAGUUUGUACCUUGUUCAACGAGCAACACUUGGCAAACCCCAUCACUCCAGAGGCCGCUGCAAGCGGUCUUGGUGGUGCAGUAGACGGCACACUGCGCAACUACGCCGUGUUCGGCGAGCAUUGUCUUGUCAAAGCCCCGUCUUCUCUCAGUGUCAUUGAAGCCAGCACCUUGACGUGCGCUCCCCUGACGGCUUGGAACGCCCUGUACGGACUGCAGUCGAAUAUCCUCAAGGCGGGCGACUGGGUCCUGACCCAAGGGACCGGGGGGGUUUCCCUUAUUGCGAUUCAAUUCGCCGUCGCUGCUGGGGCGACUGUUGUCGCUACAACGUCUUCAAGUGACAAGGCCAAUGCACUGAAGAAACUAGGGGCUCAUCACAUUCUGAACUACAACGAAACCCGCAACUGGGGCGAGGCGGCCCGAUCCCUGACUCCGGGAGGCAGGGGAUUCGACCACAUUCUCGAGAUUGGCGGUGCCGCAAGCAUCGCGCAGUCGUUCAACGCCAUACGCAUGGAGGGUGUCAUCACCAUUAUCGGGUUCCUUUCGUCGUCUGAGAAGCAGCCUGCUGCGAUGGACAUUCUCAACCACGUCUGCGUCGUCAGAGGCAUCUUUGUGGGCUCGAGGCAGCAGUUUGAGGAGAUGAACCGGGCGAUUGAGUCUACAAAGAUUCGCCCCCUUGUCGAUUCCAAAAUCUUUUCGUUUGAUGAGUUGAAGGAGGCGUAUCAGUAUCAGUGGGAGCAAAAGCACUUUGGAAAAGUUGUGAUCCAGGUUUCAAAUUGA